AGGGCCUGGGAGCGGGUGGGCAGGCGGGCAGCCCUCCGCCCUGCCGCCCUCGGGGAUGCUGCCCCUGAGGAUGCUGCCCCCGGGGAUGCCGCCGCUCCAACUCCUCCUCCUCCUCCUGCUGCUGCUGCUGCUGCCGCCCCUGGGCCAGCCCGCCCUAAGGGCAAGGGGCCACCCGGCCUGGGCCCGGCGCAAGUAUCACCAUGAACCUCGUGUUUUGGAUGCUGUUGUUGUCCAGCGAGUAGCUGCAGGGACCAAUAUUUCUGAAAUGUGGCAUGAUGACUUACAACCUUUGCUGAUUGAAAGAUACCCAGGAUCACCAGGAAGUCAUGUGGCUCGCCAGCAUAUCACGCAGCGCCUCAGGAGACUCCAGGCAGGCUGGGAGCUGGAAGUAGACGCUUUUGAGAGCCUCACCCCGUAUGGUUACCGGACGUUUUCGAAUAUUGUUGCCACCAUCAACCCUCCCGCCAAGCGUCACCUGGUACUCGCCUGCCACUACGACUCCAAGUAUUUUCCCCGCUGGGAUAACAGAGUGUUUGUGGGAGCCACCGACUCGGCCGUGCCCUGCGCCAUGUUGCUGACCUUAGCCCGCUCUUUGGACAAGCGGUUUCUGUCCUUGAAGAAUAAUUUAGCUUCCAGGCCAGACCUGUCCCUCCAGCUCAUUUUCUUUGAUGGGGAAGAGGCGUUUCUUCACUGGUCUCCUCAGGAUUCCCUGUACGGCUCUCAGCACUUAGCCCAGAAGAUGGAAUCUACCCCACACCCUCCUGGAGCGACGGACACAAACCAGCUGCACGGCAUUGAUUUGUUUGUGCUCCUGGAUUUGAUGGGGGCUCCAAACCCAGUCUUUCCCAAAUUCUUUCAAAACCCUGUCCGCUGGUUUAACAGACUCCAAGAAAUUGAACAGCGAUUACACGGCUUGGGCUUGCUGACGAAUCACUCGCUGGAAACGCCGUACUUUCAGAGUGUCUUGUACCGGGGGCUGAUCGAGGAUGACCAUAUUCCGUUUUUAAGAAGAGGGGUUCCGGUCCUACAUCUGAUCUCAUCCCCGUUCCCCGUCGUCUGGCACACCAUGGAAGACAACGAAGAAAACUUGGACAAACCAACUAUCGACAACCUCAGCAAAAUCAUACAAGUAUUUGUGUUAGAAUACCUUCACCUGUAAACACUGUGUUUGUGCCUCAUUUUAAAAAUGUUUUCAGAA